CGGCAUAAACAAGCCGGUGCACGUACUGUUCGCAGAGGAGGAUUCCCUUGCUGGAAUGGGUUGGAUUUUUUUGAAAAAAGUACUCCACAAUAAAGCGUAGUUUUUGUGCAGCAUAACCUACCAGCACCCACAUUUGACGAUGAACAAACAGGAAAGCAGUAAAGUGUAUCAAUCGAACAUCUGGGCGGCAGUUGUAACGGGCGACAUCGAGACGCUACGGAAACUCAUAAACGCAGGCACAUGGAAGGCUAAAAUUAGAAAGCAGGCGGACAGCAAACGUUGGACCAUACUGCACCAUGCAGUUAUGAGCCGGAAUCUCGAAAUGGUGCAGUUGGUCGCAGAAUUCAUCAAGCCGGACGUUGAUGCCGAAACCGAAGAUGGUAUGACGCCCUUACAGCUCGCUUGCUAUCAGCAAGCUCCGGUGAAAUUGAUCACCUAUCUGAUGCAGCAUACGAAACAGUACAACAGUCCCUCGCCGCUAGAAUAUGCCGUCAAUCAAAACCGUGUCGAUCUCGCGAAGGCAGUAAUUCUACACGAGGCAAAACACAAAUCCAGAUACGUGAAACGCUCGCUCGCAGCCCUGUACAGCGUGACCACGGCAACGGGGAACGUGGAAAUGUUGCAAUGCUUUCUGGACGGACCCAGCAACGUAGGCUAUUUGUUUAUCAACAAGAAGAAAGACGAUCUAACAGGGAUGGAACGGUUUGCGGAAGUAGCAUCGUAUAGCUUCGAUAAGAAGGUCGCUUGCUUUAAGGCGUUGUUCAAUGUGGCACACCCGAUCGCGAACCCGACCGCUCCCAGACGCUACAACGUGAACGACAUCCUGAAGCUGGCCCUGCACAGCUUUUUGUCGACCUCGUUGAUACCGUAUUUCAUCGAAACGGAGCGCAUAUGGGAGCAUCGGGUACAGAUCCAUUCUUUGUACAAACGGCUGCUUCCCGAGUAUGAGCUGCUCGCACUGCUAGUGCUGUGCGAAUGUGCCCCGGUAACGGUCAAAAGAAAGCAACUGGAACCAAUCCUGGAAGAAAUGGGGAGCAAAAUUGCUCAGGACGUUUGGUACGAUCAGCUGGGCGAACUGUACGUCAACGCAUUUACCCCAUCCGCCGAGCAGCACACAUGUGCGACGCUGCAACUGUUGUCCGAUUUUGCCACAUUUGCACAAACGAUAGAGCUGGGAUACUUUCAAAAGGUUAUACGUGUGGGCGUGCGGUACGCAUUUUGUGUGGCCCAACUGGGGCUCUGCCAGAUGCAGGUGCGAGACGUCGGCACACUGUACAAUGCAGCAUAUCACCGUGCGAUCGAGUGUCUCAUGACGAUGUACAACGACACAGCCGAUGAUAUUGUUCAGCUGCUGAUGACGCCGGACGAUCAGCAUAGCCGAGCGAUCGUAGUGUUCCCUUUGCUGCGGUACUGCACCACCAUACUGAUGCGACCGGACGCGAUCGGUAUGGCCUACCUGCACGGCUAUCGGCUGCUGUACUGGUUCGUGCACCUGUUCGGCACGUGGAAUACGAUUCAGUUGCUACCGAUUGGCGUGCCGUUGAGGCAAAUUUUCACACUAAAACGUGCCGCCCGGGAUGCCGUGCGGGAAGCCGUACUGCAGGGGAUGAAAGCGACCGAUGUUAAGUCUCUGUUCUUCGAGCGGUUGAACCUAUUGCCUGUGCCGAAGGAAUUGAACAAAUACCUACGAUACAGUGACUACAGUACGAUCGUGUACUUUCUGGAGCAUUUUGAGACUGUCAUGCAUGCGCUUUACGAGGAUGAAGAGGAUGAAGCAGCGCUCGAGCCAGUUGAAGAUUUUUAAAUCAAACUUAAUAAUAUUCCGGUAGAUACGGUUGUCCCGUAUAUUACCUUUUUUCGUGCAUGCAGAAGCAGCAUCAGCUGCACGCUGUGGUUUAACAAACGCAGCAAAACAACAAACUCUAAUUGUAAGAUUUUACUUGCCUGGCACACUUACCGCAGGGGUACGAUAAUGGUGACAAUUUAAAAUACCCUGUUCGGGCCUUUCUGAGUGUGAUUAAUGUGGCAAAUAAUUUAAUGAUCAAUUGAAUGUUCCUUAAACAGUUCUGCUAUUGCAGAAUCGUUCUAAUCGUAAACUAACGGUUUUAUUUAAAAAAAUGACUCGCCGUGAAGACGUACACUUGCAUGCGAACGGUUUUAAUUCGAUUGUAAUCGCCAUGAGUGAUGUAAUG